AUGCCUGGAGAAGAACCGAUGGACACUUCUUCAGGCAAAUGCCUGCCGAAUAUGACUCCAGAGAUGUCUGCCAGGUUUGUGAAGGAGGCUUUGAGCCAAUUUGAUGUAGACGAGCAAGUUAAUUUGGGUGGAAGACUGUCUUCGCUGCUGGCCAGAACUGUUGGAGUAGCUAUUGAAGUUGGAUGCGAGAUUGCCCCUGAAAUGACCUCCAAUCUCGAAGUUAUACGUAAACUUCGAAAUCAAGUCGAUCUGCUUCAGUUCGAUCUGCUAAACGAGUCUGGUGCGUUGUCUUUAAUUUUUGUUAUACAUGAGGUUUAGACGAAUUGGAGAUUUUCUUGGAUGAACUGUUAACGGAAUGUUUUUCUAAUCUCCACAUGGAAUGGAGAGAAGUCCCUAAGCCAUCUUAUGGAGAUAUUUACGGCUAUGAACCCUUUGAUAUUGUAAAUAACGUUCACUCCGGUCAUCUAAUCAAGUAUAUUAUCCGGGUUUUCACUCAUAUCCAAAACGAGUUGGCCAGAAAUGAUAUUGACGAAGGGUCCGAGAAAUUGCUGAAGUGCCUUCAAGACAGAUUGUUCUAUAAUUAUCUGCAAGAAUUGAGAGGAUUCUCCGUUCAAGGAGACGAUGUGAAGAUGACUUCGACUGCUCUUUGCCUGGUUUUGCUUCAAGAUUUCCCGCAGAACUUCUUAAUCAACUUCCUUAUUUAUUGUUUACAUCAAGACACAAAUGGAGAUGCUGUGAAAACUGUUAGUUUGUAAUAUUUUAUCUUAUUCUUUCCAUUUUCAGGUGUUUAAUCCAAUACUAGAUCUACUUUAUAUCUGUGCCAGCAUGUUGAAUAUAACCGAUGCCGAUCAAGUGAUCCUGGCUCCUUACACUGUGUUAAAUACUCUGCUUUCAAUCAAAAUUGGUGCCAAACGUCCCAUUUGUGAUCUUCUUUGUUCCCGUCCCGAUUUUAACGUAGAUGGAAAGCUCUCGGGGCGUCAAUUUGCUCGAUUAACUUACCUUGGAGCCUUCAUCGACUUCUCUGUUACCCCUGUAAACGUGGAUCUUGAUGUAAGAUUAUCUUAAAUGUUGUAUUUGUUUUGGUUUAGGCAUCUGUAAGUUUAAGCGGGCUGGCUCCCUUGGUUAAUGUCACCCACAACGAAGAGAGUCGAUUUAUGUAUUAUAUGGGAUAUCAAAUGAAGAUCAGCUCGGUUAGAGUAAGUUAAAGUUUCAUUUGUGGAUUUUGUUUUUAGAAAGAGCUCCAAACGAUGUUCCAUGUACUACUUGUGAAUGCGAGUACCAGAGAGAAGGCCCUAGCAUAUAUUGGGCGGCUUUUAGUCACAAAUUCUGGAAAAACCAUGAUUCAGGUAAGCCUCCUGUGUCUUUAUUUUGUAUUUUUUAUUUUAGUCGAGCGCGCAAAACAAUGUUGAUGAUGGAUUUAUGCUCAAUUUUCUUUCGGUAAUGUUAUUUUUGUCGGAGAAGGUGACUUUGGACAAGAUAAAUAACCAUUACAUCUUCCAUCCCAAGUGUCGACUUGAUAUGAGAGAGGAGACUCGAUUUAAACAUAAUCUUAAAGAAGUCGAGGAAUUUGUCAGCGAACUCACUCUGAAAGAUGAUGAUGUCAAAUUCCCCACCGAAUGUUUCUUCUUGACAAUGCAAUGUGUUAGACUUGGUCUGAAUGCAUCAAUCGAGUCGUUUAAACAUAUGAAAAGGACUUGUGGAGAACUGAAGUCAGCUGUAAAGGAGUUGGAAGAGCAAUCAGAGCAAGCUUCAAGUCUCCCUGGAGCCGCGAUUGUGCAAAGUAGAAUAAAAAUGAGAUUGAAUCAACUCAAAAGUAUCUGCAAGGUGAGAAAUGUUAAGUAAGAUUACGGUUUUGUCUCUAGAAAGCUAGUCUGACCUUAUCUUCGUUGGAAUGUUUGCUGACGGAUGUUGGAUUUAUGGAUCGGUGCAUGGAUUACGCAAAGAAACAAAUGCAAUUCCUGUUGAGAUUGGUAAAUCCGAAUGAGUAAGUUAUAGGAUUUGUAGUAAAUUGAUUUUGAGUUUAGUCCGAUCAUUUCGGAAAUCCCAGCACUUCCUCCAAAGUUAUUUGGGAUGAUGCCCGAGUUCAUGUUGGAGUCCGUUCUCGACCUCCUGAUAUUUCUGUUGAAGUGAGUGAUUGAUUUUAUUCUUCGUAUUUGCCUUAUUGCUUGAUGGUUAAUAUUCUAAUCAAAAUGUUUCAGAACAAACUCCCAGUCCGUUCAAAAAAUUCCGACCGACCUAGUCCAGAGUCUCCUGAUUUUUGUGUGCAAUGCCCAGUUCUUCAACAACCCCUUCUUAACUGCCAAGAUAAUCGACGUUUUCUUCUUGCUCUGCCCUACCUAUAACCCCAAUUUGUAUAGUCUGUUCAGAGGCGCUGUCCAUCAUCCGUAUGCUAUGGAUAAUUUGUAUCCCCGACUUGUCAAGUUCUACUCCGAUGUGGAAUCCACUGGAUCGAGUACGGAAUUCUAUGACAAGUUCAAUAUCAGGAGGUCGAUUCAAGUAAUCUUUAGAGAAUUAUGGGAGGACGUCACGUAUAGAGGGAGAAUGAUUGAUUAUGCGAGGUAAGUUGUAUUUUAUAAGAUGUUUAUGUUGUUUAGACGGUGCUCAACUGACUUUGUCCGGUUUAUCAACAUGAUUAUCAAUGAUGGAACCUUCUUGAUGGACGAGUCUCUUGGAGGAUUGAAGAGAAUCCAUGAAGUUGAAUCCUUAAUCGCUGAUCAAGAACGUUUCCUUGCGUUGAGCGAAGAAGAACGGCAACAAAAGAUGAGUAUUCUGAACGAGGCAUCGAGAUCUGUCCGGUCCUGGAUGAUCCUAGGGAAUGAAACCAUGGAUAUGUUGGAUUAUUUGUCUAAGGAUUCCCCGCAGACUUUCUAUGAGAACACUUUGGGAGAUCGCUUGGCUUCUAUGCUCAAUUACAAUAUGAUCCAACUUUGUGGCCCUAAAUGCACGGAGCUAAAAGUUAAUGAUCCAUUGAAGAGAUUCUAUUGGGACCCUAGGAAAACACUUCAUCAACUCAUCAAGAUUUAUUUGAACUUGGAUUCGGAAAGAUUCGCGGAAUGUAUAGCUCAUGAUGAGGUAAGAGGAGAAUAAAAAAGUUUUAAAGUCCAGGUUAUGGUAAACGGAAUGUGAUGCUUUCAGCGUUCUUAUACCCCCGAGACCUUCCAAUCCAUCAUCCAACGGCUGAAUCGAGUCAAUGCGGUCUCGAAUUAUGAAUGUGAAAAGUUUAAAAACCUAUGCGAGAAGUCAGAAAGGAUUUACAAAGAGAAAUUACAAGAAGAAGAGGACUUUGGAGAAGCUCCGGAUGAAUUCAAGGACCCGGUCAUGGACACUCUAAUGCACGAUCCUGUCAGAUUGCCCUCAGGGCAUGUUAUGGAUAGGAAGAUUAUCCUUCGGCAUUUAUUAAGCACCAAGAACGAUCCGUUCACUCGGCAAGCAUUGACUGAAGAAGAACUGGUCGAAGGUAAUCGUUUUUUAUAUGUUUUUCUCCAAUUUUAGGACAACGAAAGUAUAAUGUUGGGUUUUAGAUACUGAACUGAAGCAACGAAUCGAGGCCUGGGUCAAGGAGAAGAAGACCAAGCACUAA